AUAAAUUUCCUGAACGGUGAUUGGUUGUUUAUGGACAGCUUGGGCAGCGUGCGGGAGGAGGUGGGUGGAUCGCGGGAGGAUAAUAUCAGGCCUGUGCGAUAUGGCAUCCAAUUACAUAAAACCACCAUUGGGAGUGACAACUCAGAGGAAAAAGACUGUCCCAAAACCAGAACUGGCUGAGGAGCAGAAGCAGGAGAUUCGAGAGGCUUUUGAUCUGUUCGAUACUGAUGGCACAGGAACGAUCGAUGUUAAGGAACUGAAGGUUGCCAUGCGAGCCCUUGGCUUUGAGCCCAAGAAGGAGGAAAUAAAGAAGAUGAUUUCAGACAUUGAUAAGGAGGGGACCGGCAAAAUCAGCUUCGGUGAUUUCCUGUCUUCAAUGACCCAGAAGAUGGCCGAAAAAGAUUCAAAAGAAGAGAUCAUGAAAGCUUUUCGGUUGUUUGAUGACGAUGAAACUGGAAAGAUCUCUUUUAAAAAUCUUAAAAGAGUUGCAAAGGAGCUUGGGGAAAAUCUGACAGAUGAAGAGCUGCAGGAGAUGAUUGAGGAAGCUGACCGAGAUGGAGAUGGGGAAGUGAAUGAACAGGAGUUCCUCAGAAUAAUGAAGAAGACCAGUCUGUACUGAGCUGUCCUACAAGACAUGAUUUCACCACCUCUCUGCCUCAAUGAUAAGCAUGUCUUCAAUAUACAAGAACCAACCUCUCGUACUUUGACAGUCGGUCUUAUAGCACAGCUGGCAUCUACGCACCACAUAAUGUGCCAAUCAAAACAGUCUGCCAUGUCCCAGUGUAUACCGGGGUUUAUUAAAAAAAAAAAAAAUUCUAUUACAUGUAUCCAUGGUAUUGGUGAUUGUGGCCAUUUAACUAAAGCUUAAUCAUCCUUGCCUAAAAGUGCUUUCCUCAAACUGUUCAACCAAAUGGAGAACACAGUGCUGUGUUCAAUAACAGUAUUUAGAGAG